AUGAAAUCAACUACAAAAUAUAUUUAUACACUUAAAUGUCGAAAAUGUUGUAAAUGUCUCACUGAAAAAUCUAUGAGGUCAGUUCUUAUAUCUAAUAACAAGAUAAAACUUUUUAGUACUAACUAUCCGACAGAUAAUAUUAAAAAAUCAGGAAUAACAUAUAGAACUAAAUCCUGUCUUUGUUUAAUAUCAAAUGUCAUAUGUAAAAUAUGUAAUAUUAUACUAGGGUAUACAAUACUUGCUCCCUGUGACUUAUGUCUUCAAAAUAAAAAUAAUGGACAUUUAUGGAUGUUUAGUUUAAACAAAGUUUAUUAUGAUAUUAUUUUACAAGGAAAUAGUCUAUUAAUUUGGAAAAUAAAUGAAUGUAAUGACGCAAAAAGCCAGGAAAUUAAAAUUCGAUAA